AUGAGUAAAGAAGAGCUGUGCGAAGACUUUCGGUCGAUAACAGGUUGCCGGAAUUCGCAGGAGAUAAAUCAGUAUCUUGAAGCAUGCUCAUACGAUUUGCCUACCGCUGUAGAUUUAUUUUUUGCUCGUGAUGCCUUAGCAGGUUCCUCUGAAGGUGACCCUCCAUUGGUGAACGAUGAGCCUAUGACAUGUGAUGAUGAUCCCCAUGUCGUUCAGCAACGCAAAGUUCCUCCAAUCAAAGCAAAAGCUAAUGGUAAAUGUAACAAUCGGAGUAACAAUUUGCCUCCUGUUUGUAUGGAACCAGAGGUUCGACCACCGAUGCAAUUUUCUAGGGGAGCAUUAGUGCAGCAAACAUUCAAUCAACAAUAUGGAUCUCGGACGCGUGUUCAUAGCGCUUUCAACAACGAAGUGAGGGACUAUCGACAAGAAGCUUUGGAACAAGAACGGAGUUUGAGAAGAGCUCAGAAUGGUUUGGCUUUUGAAGCGAAUAAUGCUUCAGUAGAUUUAAGGGGGAAUAAUCGUUCAACGAAUACUUUAUCUUUUCUUUUUCGUCCACCUGUUGAUAUCAUGUUCAGCGGGACUUGGGAAACGGUCAAAAGCAUGGCUUCCAGAGCUGAAAAAUGGCUUUUAGUCAACAUCCAAAACUACAAAUUUUUUGCAUGUGAGGAGUUAAAUAGGGAUGUGUGGAGCAAUAGCGCCGUUAAGGAGUUAGUAAAGACUAAUUUUAUAUUUUACCAAAUUAGUCAUGAUUCCAGUGAUGGAGAACGUGUUUGUAAUUAUUAUAGAGUCACUUCUUUUCCCUCACUUUUCAUUGUUGAUCCUCGUACUGGUGAACUCGUAACUACUAUCUUGCUUAAUCAACAAGAUCCUGUAACUUUCUGUGAUAGCUUAACUACAUUUUUGGAUCAAUUUCCUGAUCUCGCUACCAGAGAUAGAUUCAUCAUUGGUGGCCGUAUGUUUGGAGCCGAGCCGGAUGCAUUUGGUCCAGGGUAUAACCCAAAUGCUGCUGCCGAACCAGAAUGUAGUAGAUCUGUAGCUAUGGAGGAUGACAUGGAACCAGGUCCGAAAAUAACAAGAAAGAGGAAACCAAAGGAAGAGGACGGAGUCACUACAAAUAAAAAAUGUAAACCGAUGGCGAAAGAUGAUGUUGAAGAACUACUUAAUCAUGAUACGAAGUCACUAUCAGUGGUUGAUAAAGAUGAUUGGUUGAAAGAAGUGUCUCCCACUGGAUCUCCUUGUCGUAUUCGUCUCAAACUGCCUGAUGGACGUCUACAUACACUAGAGAUCACAGACGAGAGUAAACUAAAGGCAUUAAUAUCAUGUAUCAACGGGUUAGGAAUAUCCGGUCAUGAUCAUGUUUUUAUUCUAUCGUUUCCUCGAAGAGAAUAUUCCAUUGAUCACUCCGAGUGUACAUUGAAAAGUUUGGGGUUCACUAGAAAUGAAAUGGUACAUGUCGAGUUGAAAUAA